AGAUAUGCUUCGUGAGUUCAAGGUGAGAAUCUCUCUCCGGUGUCGAUGUGAUUUCCUCUAACACCAUCAGUAUUAUCACAAAUAUUUGUGUUUCUUGGCGAAAAAGACAGUUUAAGAAAUAGCGAAAAUGAUGAAAAUGAGUUUUGGACUAUGUUUGCUGGUUUCUGCCUUGGUGGCGGCCGUUAGCAGUGAAUCAGUGCGGGAUAAUGUGGUUACGCAGGACGCUCGUCCUGUCAAAAGGUCCUUGAGAGAUUUUUUACCGUGCGUUAAGUCGUUAAAUGUGAGAUGUUUUUUUGAUACUGCCGAUGAUUACUUGAAGUAUAGAAUAGAAGGAGUUAUAGCUGAAGCUAAUGCAAGAGCUUUCCAAAUCACCGGAAGGGCAGCAGAUACGGACCAUCCUCCUUCAGCUUUGGCCGAAACGAUAACGAAGAUGAUCGAAGAACUGUCCGGAAUGCUGCAAGAAGGUCUUUCUAGCUUCUUUAGGAGCGGCAAAGAAUCCGAAGAUGGCGAUGAAAUCGAAGAAAGCAGCGCUGAAGAAACCGAAGGUGAUCAAGAUAAAGACGCCAGCAAAAGCAGGGCACUUGUAGAAGAAGCAAGAAAAAAGAAAAAACACAAGAUCCACAAACUGAUCGCUGCCAUUAAAGCCUUGGUGGUUGGAGGAGUAUUGAAAGUGUUGUUCGGAUGUGUACUGAAAAUCUUCAUGGCUCAUCUGCAGGUCAAAUUCCUGCUGAUCGCGCUGGGAGGACUGGCCUUGAACGCCGCCAGAUUCUGGAUAGACCUGAAGAAGAAACACGCGCCAGAAAAAGUGAUUUACUACGAAAACGCUCAACAUCAACAUCACUAUGAGACUGAUGGAGAGGAAUAUGGGCACGACCAUGGCCACAGUGGUCCUGGUGAAGGUUAUUGGGGAAGGGCCUACGAAGUACCAGAAGGACAGAAAACUGCCCAAGAUAUGGCGUACGCCAGCCAAAAACCCGUAGGUACUGGAUACUCAAAGGUGGACAACAAACCCAACUUUUCGUGGCUUGGAUAAAACGAAAUAGACUUAAGAAUACUAUGUAGGGUUUUAUUUAUUUCAAAUUUAUUUUAUUUAUUUAUGGUCAUUUAAAUUAAACUAGAGAAAAUUAUUUAUUUUUACAAGAGAAAUAUUUUAUUUAUUUAACCAUGUUUAGUAUAAUUUAACUUGACCAUUUUGGGGAAAUUCACUUUAAUUUAAGGGAUGUAAUAGAAUAGUUUUAAUUAUAAGUUUACCCAGUUUGUGCCAAAUGUAGCACAAUAUAAGAUUAUUUAUUUUAAUUUAUUUUAAUUUAUUUCCUAAAUGUUUCUUAAUAAGUU